CUUCAACGCGCACGGGCGAAGUCGCGCGCCAAUAUUUUAAUUAUUAUAAAUACACUUACCUCAGUUCUAGUGCUAAAAUGUGAUUAAUAAGUUGCCAGAUUAUCUUCUUUAGGUAUCAAAUUUAAUCAUGGAAUCGGAUUCACUGGAAGUGCUGCUUAUCCAUCAUCACCCAGAAUUUUUGAAAGCGUCCUGCGACCUGAUCAACGAUGAAUGGCCAAGAAGCGAAACUGUUAGAAUGAUGUCGCUGCAAGCUUCCUGCGAUUGCCUGCCUACCAACUUUAUCUUAGUCAAGGAUAGGAAAGAAGUAUUAGGCCACUGCAAACUGACACCCAUACCCAGUAUUCCAGAAAGUUGUUUUAUAGAAACAGUAGUCAUAAGUAAAGCUAUGCGUGGAAAGAAAUUAGGUACUUAUUUAAUGCGAUACGUCGAAGAUUAUUGUCGAAAUGUGCUAAAGUUGAAAAUGGCGCAUCUAUCAACGAAGGGCCAAGAGAAAUUCUACGCCACCUUAGAUUAUGAGAUUUGCGCACCAGUAUCCAUUUAUGGUGUGUUUUCGCCAGUCAAUGCUAAACUUAAUUCUAGUAGCCAUAAGAUAGAAAAUUUAGUGCCAGAGCAACAUGCGCUGCCUAGCGCCGCGCCGCCGCCACCGCCCCCACCGAUGCCAACUUACGAAAGUGCUUGGAACAAUAACAAUACUAGUAAAAUAAAAAGUAGCAAAACAUACAUGUUUAAGUAUUUGUAGUAUUAUAUUUUGUACGAUUCUGAUAUUUGUUGUUCGAAUCUUGUUAAAAUAAAACAACAUAAAAUGUAACAAUU